GCCCAGCAGAUGACCAUGCAGGCCAUGGCUUUCCAGCAGCAGAUGUUGUCUUCCUUCCCCCUCGCCCCCCAGGCCCCUCCCACACAACCAACCCCCGCACCUCCAGCCAUACUGAAGAAGCUCCAGAGAGCCCUUACCAGGCCAGCCUGAACCCCGCCCAGCACCACCCCUCCUCCAGGAAACACACUGCGACACGGGUGGCCCCUCCUGAUGACUUGGUGCGGUCCAGGGCCCCCUCCAGAAGGAGUGGUCCAGUCCGAUGCGUCUAACUCAGAAAGCCCCUCCCACAACAUCAAGGAUAUGAUCAGACAGUACCAACACCCAUCUAACCCUGCACCCAGCCAGCCUGCACACACACACAGGAGGGGGGAGGGGAAGAUGUUUACAAAGAAGCCGGACCCUCAUGAUGAAGCCAUGUAUAUCCUGAAAGACCAGAUGGCCAACCCACCACCACAGAAGUCUUUCUCUCCGGCGGCGCCUCGGGAACCAAAGGAGGAGGGUGGAUCCAAAGUCACCAAGGCAACAAAACCCCGCCCACCUGCCCUAGCCGACUCCCACAGCAGCCCCCUCCCCCCACCAGUGUCCAGAGAGUUGCCUGUGGAGGAAGAGACCAGCCAGACCCAGCUACACCACAGGAGCAGUGAAGAACACUACACUUACACUAACACACCCUGGAAGAUUUACCUGAGGAAAGAGGUAAACACACUAACACACCCUGGGAGAUUUACCUGAGGAAAGAGGUACACACACCCUGGGAGAUUUACCUGAGGAAAGAGGUAAACACACUAACACACCCUGGGAGAUUUACCUGAGGAAGGAAGGGCCCACACACUAACACACCCUGGGAGAUUUACCUGAGGAAGGAGGGGCCCACACACUAACACACCCUGGGAGAUUUACCUGAGGAAAGAGGUAAACACACUAACACACCCUGGGAGAUUUACCUGAGGAAGGAAGGGCCCACACACUAACACACCCUGGGAGAUUUACCUGAGGAAGGAGGGGCCCACACACUAACACACCCUGGGAGAUUUACCUGAGGAAGGAG